CAGUAAAGUUUCCGGAGCCGCUGUAGGAUGAAGUGCGGCGGCGGCGGCGUCUGGACAGAAGGCGCUUUGUAAUCACUCAUUCAUAGAUUUUUAUCCUUUUAUAUCUACAGGGUUUAAUACGGGUUCAGGAUUAAAAACAACAAAUCUCCAGCAUCGUGUUUCCAAACCGUCUUUCACAGGAAAUAUAGAAUAAAUAAUAAUCUUCAUCAGCAUCCUCAUUAUAAUAAUAAUAAUCAUAAUAUCAUAAUAAUAAUAAUAAACCACAGAUCGAAGAAGGAGGGUCUUUGUGUCUGGACUGAUCACGCCUGGACAUUCUACUCUGAAACAAUUGGUUUAUUGUUUUUUUUUUUUUUUUUUUUUAUAAAAACACCACUGAAAAGGAUUUUUACUCCCUUUUCCAUCUUUUUACAAGAGAUGCAGAACCCCUAGAGAAUUACAGGACGCAAACGUCGUGUUCUGAACCCUUUAAUUGUCGCUUCAGCCAUGCAUUUAGAGGUAAAAGUCGCACUUAACUUCAUAGUGUCCUACUUGUACAACAAGCUUCCACGACGGCGAGCAGACCUUUUCGGAGAGGAGCUGGAACGCAUCCUGGUGUCCCGCUUCGAAGGUCACUGGUAUCCAGAGGCUCCUUUACGUGGUUCUGCCUUCCGCUGCCUUCAUCUCGGAGUCCCUGGGGACCCUGUGGUGGACUUGGCAGCUAGGAGGAGUGGACUGGACAUGGAGGAAGUUCGUGCCAAUGUCCCUUCAGAGCUCAGCAUCUGGAUCGACCCAUAUGAAGUGUCCUAUCAGAUUGGUGAGAAAGGGGCCGUGAAAGUUCUCUACAUGGAGGACCCACCAGGUUUGGGGAAUAAAGCUGAAGUAUCGGAACAUAUAGGAGGGCUUUGCAAAGGAGACAUUGAGCUGGAGGAUGGAAAGAAUUUGGGCUUUAAUCCAGAUGCUCAGGUCUUUGUGCCCAUUGGCGGCCAGGCCUCACCGGUCGUGCUUCCGUCGCUCUCGAAUUCACCCACGCCGCUCUGUCAAGGUCUGUUCAGCUACGCAGGCUCCAGCACUCCGACAGAUCCCACUGUGCACUCGGACACCUCCUCUCCAUCUCCACCAAGUAUAGGGAUGGCCUACCCUCAUCCAGCUGCCCAACCCAGCUCGCGUCCUGUUCCACAACCAAUCACCUUCACCACAGCCAGCUUUGCUGCCACCAAGUUUGGUUCCACCAAGAUGAAGAAAUGUAUUGGAUCCGGCGUGGUGGUUGGUGGAUCCGGCACUGUCGGUACUCCACAGCAGCGAAUGCUGAGCUGUUCCCCAACUGCCAUGUCCACCAUUUCGCCACCUGGACUGGUGAAGCACAAGCCCCUAUCCCUGUCCAUGCACUCCCUAGCUGGUCCAGUCUCCAGCCAGCUCUCCCCCAAUGCCAAAGAGUUUGUCUACCCUGCGUCCCAGGGGCCUCUUUGUUUUGAAGCCGAGGCUCCACACCUGGCCCACACCGAUCCCUUCCAGGCACCUCCACUUCCAGGCCCUGCUCCUCACCCCCAUGCCACCUUUGAUCCCUUUUCUAACCCACCACCAGGCCAUGCUAUGGGUAUCAUUGGAGGAAACAGUAGAAUGUCUUUCAUGGAGGGGCUGGGGGCUACAACCUACAGUACUCCAGUCAAGCUUUUCAACCUGUAGUAUUGGCCAACUAAGUGUUUAGAAAUGUUUCAAAGAUGUCUUCUGGAAUUUAUUUCCUUUCCAAAUUGUGACCCCCGCAUACAAAUAAGUUAAGUCAACUUUUCCCUCUAUAGAUUUGUUUGUAUUCAAGGGUUAUUCAUUUCAUUUUCCAUCCAAAAUCAAUGGGAAAUGACCAACCUUUUACUGCACAGAUGUUUUGCAUUAAAUGUUAAUUCAACCUGGGUGUUCCUCACUAAAGCUGUAGUUCUGUGACCUGGCUGAGCAGCAUGAGCUUGUUGAGGUUUAGGAAUCUGUUUAAUCAUAUUGAGAAGAUUUUGUUCAGUGAGGUUGGGACUAAAUUCUGCCAAGCGUCACUGUGGGGAUUUUAUUUAUUUUUUGUGGCAACCUGCACCUUUUUUGUUUUUAUUUUAUAUAUUUUUUUUAUACUGUGGUUCAGGAGAGCAAUGCAAGUCAGGACACGAUGCACACUAGGGGUAUUGGGACUAGUUUCGUAUCAGGAGAAGUCAAAAAUGAAGAAAUGCUUUAAAGCUGUGAAACUGCUUCAGGAAGACUAAGUUCUAAUUUUCAAAAAGCCAUAAUAUGGUGAGGUUGUAGUUAUAGGCAGAUGGCGAGAUGACUGUUAAUGUAGUGGUUGUGAUUGUGGUGAUGUUCUCCUGUAGGAAUGCAGAGCUAGCAAUGCGUGAAGGUAAGAAGGCAGGACUGGGUAUAGCAGAAAGACUCACGACUGAUGAAUGGAGAGGAUGGAAGGAUAGAAAUGGGUGUAUGGGCAGCUAUAAGCUUCAGCAGUAGCUCAAACCAUGGCAGUUGGAUUGCUAAGCUUGGUGCCCUUCAGAGGUUGGACUUUGGUUUGGAACUAUGAAUGCGACAGAUUUUUCUAAGACGAUGUCGACCGAUUUCUCUUUAUCCUCAUCGAUGUUUUCAUUUAGCCUUUCACACAUUAGUCACAAAAAUCUUUGACCUUUCAACAGAGUCCAUUGAUCCACACUCAUUCAGUCAUGGAGGAGGUUGAUUUUAAUCCGAUUUCUGGAGACUUAUCUAAAGAUCUACCAACCGAACUGUCCUUCACAGCAUCCCUCAAAGUCCAGCCCAUUUCACGACCACCAUAUUCGAGUGGUUUCGUUUAUUUUUUGCAAGUCGAGAAGGUCCAGAGGUUCGAUUACGAGUGGUUUUGAAACGAUGUAUUUUUUUAUUCGUUUGUAAUUUAUUUACGUUUUUGUUUCCAUUUUUUUUUCUUCCUGUGCAUUUUUUUUCCAAGAGAGAAUCUAAAAAGCGUUUGUAAGAUAUUAUAUACAGUAUAAACAAUGACCUGUGUAUAUAUAUUUCUUAUGUUGAGAUAUCCUUUAUUUAGUUUCUUAUGUGCUGAGGUUAUUUUUUCAGAAAUGACUAUAAUUAAUGAUCUCUAUAUAUAUAAAAAAUAUAGAAGUACAUUUCAUAUAAUAUGCAAGAUGAAACGAAUAAAGUGUGUUUAACAAAUUUGUUGUGGAUUGUACCUUAUGUAUGGAAAUUGUGUGAGACUGUAUAAAAAUAAAAAAUAAAAUAAAAACA